GCUGAUGGCUUUAGUGGAGAUGCUUGCGCAACAACUGUUUGUGGCUCCACUGUUUGCGAGAAUAACGGGGAAUGCAUAAGCGAUGGACAGUGUCGUUGUGUUACUGGUUUUACUGGCACUAUGUGCGAGACUAAUAUUGAUGAUUGUUCUACAAAUCCCUGUAUGAAUAGUGGAGUUUGCGUUGAUGAAGUGAACUCCUUCACUUGUAACUGUGCUGCUGGCUAUACAGGAGAUACAUGCCUAACAGAUAUCGAUGAUUGUACUCCUAAUCUAUGUAUGAAUGGAGGAGCCUGUACUGAUGGAGUGAACAGCUAUACUUGUGCCUGCUUGCUGGGCUUCACUGGGAGUAUGUGCGAAACAGACAUCGACGAUUGUUCUCCUAAUCCUUGUAUGAAUGGUGGAAGUUGUACUGAUGGAGUGAACACUUUUACCUGUGUCUGUGCUGAUGGCUUCAACGGAGAUACCUGCGCAACAACUGUUUGUGGCUCCGCUGUUUGCGAGAAUAACGGAGAAUGCAUAAGCGACGGACAAUGUCGUUGUGUUACUGGUUUUACUGGCACUAUGUGCGAGACAAAUAUUGAUGAUUGUUCUACUACUCCCUGUAUGAAUGGUGGAGUUUGUGUUGAUGAAGUGAACUCCUUCACUUGUAACUGUGCUGCUGGCUAUACAGGAGAUACAUGCCAAACAGAUAUCGACGAUUGUACUCCUAAUCCUUGUAUGAAUGGAGGAGCUUGUACUGAUGGAGUGAACAGCUAUACAUGUGCCUGUGUUGCUGGCUUCACUGGCAAUAUGUGUGAAACAGACAUCAACGAUUGUUCUCCUAAUCCUUGUAUGAAUGGUGGAAGUUGUACUGAUGGAGUUAACACCUUUACCUGUACUUGUGCCUCUGGCUUCAGUGGAGAUACUUGUACAACAGCUGAUUGUGGCUCCGUUGUUUGCCAGAAUAGCGGAACUUGCGUAAGCUCUGGACUAUGUGAUUGUGUUACUGGUUUUACCGGUACUAUGUGCGAGAUUAAUAUCAACGAUUGUUCUCCAAAUCCUUGUACAAAUGGAGGAAGUUGUACCGAUGGAGUUGACUCUUUCAUUUGCGCCUGUGUUGCUGGCUUUACUGGGGAUAUGUGUGAAACAGAUGUUAAUGAGUGUGAGCUUAGUUCGAGUCUCUGUAGUGAUGGAAGAUGUGUCAACGUGGAUGGAUCAUACACUUGUGUCUGCAAUGCUGGAUUCAUGUUAGAGAAUGAAAAUUCUUGCACUGCUCUCUCAAGCAGUCUGUCCACUAGUCAAGUGACUGUGCAGAUUACAGGACAAAGUCUGAAUGGUGAACCCCUGACGUAUACAUCAGAAUUAACAGAUAGGACAUCAGCCAAAUUCAUUGAAUAUGAAGUUGCAUUCUGUUACAUCUUCAGCCAAUAUGUAAGGGAACAGUUAGGUUCUCAACUUGUCGGUGAUAAUUGCAUAGUGCUGUCAUUAAGCGAAGGUAGUGUAGUCGGUGACCUGCAAAUGGAACUUGCCGCUGACAGCCAAAGUGUAGCAGAUGGGCUUGCUGUGAGUGUUUCUGCUUUGUCUACCAACAUUGAUCAAAUGUUAUCAGCUAAUGGUCAAACUCUUCUGGUAUCGUCUAUAUUGUCAGAAGCUUCUCAAGGAUUGUCGAAUGGAGCCAUCAUUGGUAUUGCUCUCGGAGUUUUUGGUUUUGUUCUCGUCCUCAUAACCUGUGUCUGCUGUGUUUUCGUACAAGGUGUUAGACAAAAUCAAGCAACAAAACUGAUGCUCGCUGAACAACGGUAUGAAAAUCCAAGUAGACAAAAUAGAGGCUUCUACGGAAACGAAUCUUUCAAUGGUUCUGAUGAGUACAACUCCCUUGAAGGACGCCGGUAUGCUGUUGGUCAAGCAUUGGAUCGACUGCGCGGAACUGAUUCACAGCGUCAUGAAGAUCGCAAUUUCAGGACUCCCUAUGUGGUAGAUGGGAGUGAAACGUACAAUGAUGUGGAGCGAAAUCCCAUGCAUUAUUAAUCACCAAGAAUCUUACCUUCGGACAAAGAACGAAUAUGACAACGGAAAAGAAUUUAGUGAAUUAGUUACGUCUUAUGGAUAGAUGGGUUCUCUUCUGGAUAGGCUGAAUAUCAAAGUGUAUACAAUCAUAUUAUUAGAUUAAGUAAGGGCUUACUUGCAUUUGACAGAUUGACUGAUUUAAUUGAUGUAAUCAUUCCAAGUCUCUGUUACAAACAACCAUACUAUUUUAUCAAUUAACGGCUUACUUGCAUUUGACCGAUUGGCUGAUUGAAUUGAUGUAAUCAUGUUAAACUCACAUCACUUUAAAAAGACUGCUUUUCAGCAAGUCUGUGUUACAAACAUAAAACUGAUGUUAUACAGACCAAAUUGGAUAUAAGUACAUGAAUAAUUUCAAUGUAAUUUACUGUAUCUGUGAAUAUAUAAGGGCUUCAUUGUUAAAGAUGAAGUUGAGUUCUGGUCAUGCGAUUGCAUUGUGAAAGAAACGGUGUGGAAUCGAUAAGAAAAGGUUGAUC